CCGCGACACGGCAACGAUGAGCGCGAAAAAUUCGUCGAAAAGAACCGCGAAAGCGAAGAUCCCUGAAAGAAAUUUAAGGGUAACCGACUUUUUUGCCAAGAGACCAGCCCAGGCCCCAAGUUCAUCGCCUGCGGAAUCUUCUCAGCCUCGCUCAGUCGCGUUGGCCACACGUUCGCGUCGAAGCAACAAAUCAAAGUCCUCGUCUGAGACUGUCUCAGUCUUUAACAAACAGUCUAUGGCUAGUACUAGCACUCCUAUAAUAUCUGUUUCGUGCACGUCUUCUUCUACUACAGCAUCUAGAACUUAUUCUUCUGCCUGUCCGAAAACACCGACAGGUAUCAUGGUCUCACCUCCUACCACCUCUAUCGUCCCCAGGUCUUCUCAAAAACGUCCUCGUUCACCAGACAAGCGCUCUAGCGCUUCUCACCUCCUGAGCGCAACACCCGAUAGGACACCCCACAAGCGCAAGAAGAAAUUCGACAGUGACUCCGAGAGUGAACUUCCCAGCGCUGUUAUCUAUCCAUCCACACUAGCACCUCCACCCACAGGGCCUCACACCCCUUCAUCCAGUAAGCAUCUCAUAUACAGUAGCCAAUCUGACGAGAUGGAACUCGUCGUACCUAUACCAGACACCCUUCACAAGUGGCGCCAAAACACUUUAGUCUCCCCGUCCUCUAGCCCCUGUGACGCAGGUACAACAGAUGCAGGCCCGCCGAAACCUGUCAUUUCCCCAUUGCAAACCAACCACGGUACCAAUUCACCUCCUGAGACGCCCCCUCAGCCCUCUGCCUCACUGCCCUCCCCGCCUGACACCGAAGGCGCCCUGCCACUGCCUGCCACACCUCUCAUUGCGAGUAUCAAAGCAAAAGCAUUUGCUGACAGCCCCCUGAGUGACGAGGAGAAAAACUACUCCUUCCGUGAGCUCGAUGAGAGCAGUGACGAUGAUCUCGAAGAUAUGACCCUCCUUCACGACAAGAAGGGCAAGGGCAAGGGCAAGAGCUUGCUUCUUCCUGUCCUGAAGAUGAAUAGCCUAUUUGAUUCACCCCUAUCCAGUCUCCCAUCCUCUCCACCAAAACCCUCUACUUCCUAUCAUCUCCGCAACCGUUCUCCUUCUGCUUCACCUACGUGCCCCCCUGUUAACAACCGCAGGACAUCCCGAACUCAAAUGCACACCCGCUCUGGGCGUACAAGCAAGCCCGCGCCGCCCCUGUGCCUUCCUACCGUCGUCGUCACCAAGAACGUUUCUAUACCUGCAAAGCCUAAGAAGUCCAUCAACCCACUUGAAGCGCUCCUCCGCGAGAAAAAAGCUGCAGAGAAGCGCGGGAACGGGAGUGCCGCGUUCCAGCGCGCUGAGGACGCUUUGCAUGCCCGCAUCUCCUCAGAUGUAGAUGCGGAAGUUGAUUUGAACUUGGCAGAUGAGAAUGCCGCGUGGCAGGCGAUCCAAGACCACGCCAAACGCAAGUCGAGUAGCCCCGUUCAUGGAUCAUCGGAAGAUGAUGUGUUCAUGGGCGAACGCGAGACCAAAAUUCUUGGUCAGGAAGCAGGCGAAAAGAUCAAAAAAAUACUUAUCAGUGACAGGGACAGUGAGAGCAAGAAGCCGAUGAAGGAAAAGGCUCUCGGUGUGCCGUUCUGGCAGGAGGGCGCAGGUGAUGACCGAAUGGAUGUCGAUGAAGAGUAUAUUGUGAACUUCGGGGAUGGCAGUAACCAUCCUGUAUUGGCACUUUUGCAGCAUCUGAGUGGGAUCGGAGCCGCCGAUCAGCUGGCUUUGACUCUGUCCUCGGGAGUGCUGGGCGCUCUGGGUGCUGAGGAGAAAUCCGUUCUUGUUUCUCCUCUUUUUAAACUGGCCAUCAGCCCCAUAGACGCCCUCCAUAGUUUGUGGAAUGCAGCAUCCUCCACAUCCAAAUCUCCGCUUCGCUUUACCGACAUUGCCACUGCGCUCGUCAACCUUGGUGCACGCCGCCAAGUAUCAGAAGACCUCCACUGGACCAUCCGUAAGGAUGAGCAUCCGUUACAUAUCGCCACUGAAGACCGUGUGCGUGUUGUGAGUAAGCUGGUAACGCUGGUGGGCAUUGCUGGUCGAAUGGAAAAUUUUGUAGCAGAAGAUACUCCCGACAUCCUGUUGAGCCUGGUGCUUAUUGGCCUCGACAGAACCACUAUCUGCCAGACCAUCGAUACGUCAACUCACACUUUAGUUUCCUUCUUUAGCAGCGGCAGUGGUCGCACACGUCACAUCGCACAAUGGCUUGCAUACGCGCUCUUCCUUCCAAACAGUAGACCUUCUGAUGCGCUCCCCCCACUCGAUCCGCUAAUCCUUCUGCUUUCACCUACGCCUGGCUCUGGUGAGCCUUUCGACGUCACGAGCGCAGAGGCAGACUUUGAAGACCUCGGGCAUUACUUCUCUAUCGUUAGUGUCGCGCUCGCAAACAUCGAGCCGUACGUCCAUGAAGAGAACUCGCUUACCCAGCCGCUUUCUCGCCAAUCGUCCAUGGCGGACGAUAGUAGCCCCCGGAAGAACCAGAAGCCGCUCGUUCCACUCGAGCUACUCCUGCAGGUUUUGGAGGUCACACAGGGGCGUAUUGUCGAUACACGUGCAGCGCACCUGGAACGCUCACGCACGAAGGCAGAGAUGCAUCGCCUCCAGAUGCGCGUGUAUUAUCAGCGCCAGGCGCUCAAGCCCCCCGGAGGGUGGACAAGGACAGCCACCAUCCAGCAUUACUUCGGGCCCAAGUAAUUCCUAAAUCACACUAUCAUGGGUUUAUUCUCCUUUUCUCUCCUUUUCAACCUUUUUCAUACAUACCUCGCUCUUCUGUCAUGCAACUUCGUUGUGAAUGUUAACUUUAUUCUCUACGUAUCCACUUCAUCACAAUGCCCCCUUUCGUCGUCAUGUUUUCUGACGCCUAUUACCUAGAUGAUGCUUUCUUUGACCUGUAUGAGCUACCGACAAUGCUACCCUCGUCUCCUCGCCUGCUGCAGUAACGUAUUAUGUCCAUUAUAGCACGCUUAUUGUAGAUGACCUUGCUGUCAAUCAGCCUUAAAUCAUGUAUGCUCGGUACCCUUUGCCCUCCCUCGUAUUCGUAGUUCGAUCUUAAUGGCCAUCGCCUUUUCGUG